GUCUUGAUCAUUUCAAUUUAUAAACCCCUAGAAAGAAUUAAUCACAGUUGUUUAUUUCUUCCUAAGAUAAAUUUACAACUUCUAAACUGAAACCUCAAAACAGUUCAUAUGUUUACGUAAGUUCCAUAGUUUGAUGUUCUUCAAACUUGAUUCCCUUGUCUUAGAGCUCUCAAAGUCUCAUCAAAGCCUGUCAAGAACCAAACAACUGCAUGCUCUUGUCACCAAAUCCCACCUCUUACGUGACCCAUUUUAUGCUACCAAAAUCACAAGACUCUAUGCUCUGAACAAUGACCUCUCAUCUGCUCGUAACUUGUUCGACAAAACUCCACAACGAAGUGUCUUCCUUUGGAACUCUAUUAUUCGUGCUUACGCCAAAGCCAACCAACUUAAUGAUGCAAUAUCACUAUUCAAAAACAUGCUUAGAACUGAAAUAAGACCCGAUAACUUCACCUAUGCGUGUAUUAUUCGCGCGUGUUCUGAGAGUUUUGAUUUAGAAGGACUGAGACUUGUCCAUGGAAUGGUAGUUUCAGGAUUAGGACUGGAUUCUGUUACUAGUAGUGCACUUGUUACUGCCUAUUCAAACCUAAGCCUUAUUGAUGAUGCAAGCAAGGUUUUUAUUGAGGUAUCGGACCCGGAUUUGAUAUUGUGUAAUUCCAUGAUUUCUGGUUAUGAAUAUUGUGGAUUUUGGGAUAAAAGCUUGCAGCUUUGGAAUUGGAUGCGACGCGUAGGGAAAAAGCCAGAUGGGUAUACUUUGGUUGGGUUGAUCUCGGGUUUAAGGGAAUCGAGAUUGUUACGUAUAGGCCAAGGAAUUCAUGGAUUUUGUUUGAAAAGUGGUUUUGAUUCCAGUGAUCAUGUAGUUAGUGUACUUGUGAGCAUGUAUGCUAGAUGUAAGUGCAUGAAUUCUGCAUAUAGUGUUUUUAGUAGUUUAUUUCAGCCUGAUUUAGUAACAUGGUCCGCUUUGAUUACGGGUUAUUCUCAAUAUGGAGAUUAUGAAAAGGCAUUGUACUAUUUCAGGAAAAUGCAUAUUGAAGGCAAGAAGGCAGAUCCUGUUUUGAUUGCCAGUGUGCUGGUUGCUGCUGCUCAGUCAACAAAUGUGUGGUCUGGUAGUGUGGUGCAUGGUUAUGUUAUUCAGCGCGGUUUCGAAUUGAGUGUUGUGGUUUCUUCUGCUCUCACAGACAUGUAUUCAAAAUGUGGGUUUGUGGACUUGGGGAUUCGUGUUUUUGAGACUAUGACGGAAAGGAAUAUUGUUACUUACAAUACAGUAAUUAGGGGUCUUGCUUUGCAUGGAUUUGCAUCUCAGGCCUUCAAAAUGUUUGAGGAGAUAAUAGCUGAAGGAUUAAAACCUGACGAAUCUACUUUUGCUGCUCUCCUUUGUGCUUGCUGCCAUUGUGGCCUUGUUAAUAAUGGCUUGGAAAUAUUCCGGCAGAUGAUGGAGGACUUUCGCAUCCAAGCUAGAACUGAACAUUAUGUUUACAUUGUGAAGCUUCUGGGGACAGUUGGAAAUUUGGAAGAGGCAUACAAUUUUAUCUUGUCCUUGCCAAAGCCAGUAGAUUCUGGCAUUUGGGGAGCACUGUUAUCAUGCUGUGAUGUUCAUCAGAAUUCAGAAUUGGCAGAAAUUGGAGCUCAGCUGCUCUUCAAAAAUGACCCAAACAAAGGUGCUUAUAGAGUGAUGCUUUCUAACAUAUAUGCUAGCAAUGGGAGGUGGGAUGAUGUGAAGAAGUUGAGGGAUUUAGUAGAUGGUGGACUAAGAAAAGUACCUGGACUUAGCUGGAUCGUUGGCACUAGUGAUUGAAUUUGGAAAUGAUGUAUAAAAUCCUCUUCACACCAACUCGUGGACAGGAUCCUCACCGGAGAGGUAAAAAAUUUGUAAAGCUUCCGUUGAUUAUACAUGCACCACUGUAGUGAUACAUGGCAAAGGCUA